CGAGAACCAAACACCAAGAUUACCGAGAAGAUGGACUUGCACCGAUCAACACUGCUGCAGACAGAUCAAGCUGUCGACAAGCAUUUCAACCGGGAGAAUUGCAAGUUCCAUGCUGAUGAUCUUCACGUCCAUGGAAUCAUAAAGAGAAAGCUGGACGAUAUCGUGAAUAAAAAUCUCAAACCUUUCGCUAUCUGCUGUCUGAAAAAUAUUGCGUCAAGGAUGAGGAACACCACCUCCUUGAUGGAACCCAAAGUCGGAACUUGCAUAAGACAGAAAUGGCCAGUUCAAGAUAAUUUAAGCGUGGCAGAUAUGAAGUUAAUUAUGUUCAAGCCAGCACUACUUCUUGGUGCCCAAACCAAUAUUUCACAGCUGCUGCAACUUCCUCAAUUCAUUGGAGGAAUUUCUCCUCCUGGAUCUUUUUACCGGCAACCAAAUGGACAUCAAUGCCUGAUGAGCUCCGAUGCACCAAGGCCAGGCGCAUCACCUGGUAGUCCUGGUCGCACGCCGCCAACUAGUCCUCCUGGCAGCGCACCAUCACCUGGUCAUCCUGGAAGCGCACCACCACCAACUGAUCCUCCUGGCAGCUGCGCAGCACCACCUAGUUCCCUUGGAAGCGCACCACCACUCGGUAGUCCUGAUGCGCCACCACCAAGUGGUCCUCCUGGCAGUGAGCCAUCACCAAGUCCUCCUGGAAGUGCACCACCAACUGAUCCUCCUGGCAGCGCAGUACCACCACCUGGCAGUACCGGUGCGCCACCACCAACCGGUCCUCCUGACAGUGAGCCAUCACCAAGUCCUCCUCGAAGUGCACCACCAACUGAUCCUCCUGGCAGCGCAGCACCACCACCUGGCAGUCCCGGUGCGCCACCACCAACCGGUCCUCCUGGCAGUGAACCACCACCUAGUUCCCCUGGCAGCGCACCACCACCUGGUCUUCCUCCUAGCCCACCUCGUACUCCUGGUGCACCAUCAUCUGGCCCUCUGCCUAGAUCACCUCCUCGUCGUAGUGCAGCAACACCUGCUAGUUUACUACUUAGACCACAUGGUCGUCCACUUCGUUUUCCACUUAGACGAGGUCGUCCUGGUCCCUCACCACUUGGUCUUCCGCCUAGACAAUCCGAUACUCCUGACGCACCACCACCAUGUUCUCCACCAAAAUCAACUGCACCAAACAGGGGGGAAGCAUCAAGCUCAGGGACAAAGGGAGGGAGAACCAGUGAAUCAGAAAAUAGAAAAAAUCCCACUCAAAGGAAUUGGGAGCUUAAGCCGUAUCCUGCGGGUGCUUUGUCAGCGCCGCCGACAACUUCAGUUAUUCAUCCUCGUCGUCCGCCUACAUCUCCACCUUAUCGUAUUACUGGUACGUCUAAACCUGUACCUACACCAUACACUGGUAUAAAGCCAGCACCAUAUCAUCCACCAAAUUAUCCACCAAAACCAACUGCACCUGUACCUACACCAUACACUGGUAGGGGAAAGCCACCACCAUAUUAUCCACCCAAAUCAACUACACCAAACAGGAGGGAAGAAUCAAGCUUAAGGACAUGGAGAGAGUGUCCAGGAGCAUCAGGCUCAAGGACAAAGGGAGGGAGUCAAGAACCACCAAACUCAGGGACAAAGGAAGGGAGGCAAGAAGCAGCAGGCUCAGGGACAAAGGGAGGGAGUCAAGAACCAUCAAGCUCAGUCACACAGAACUCAUCAAGCGCGGGAGGUAUAACCAAUGAACUAGAAAAUAGGCAAAAUCCCACUCAAAGGAAUUGGGAGCUCAGGCCUUAUCCUGCGAGUGCUUUGCCGGCGGAUCCCCCCAAAAAAAACAAGUGCAAUUGCUGCACGCAAUAGACUGCUUGCUACUCACCAAAAUCAACUGAAAACCACUUAAGCUCAUAAUGACUUCUUAGUUCAUUUCAUUUUUUUGUUUCUC